AAUCUGCAAGUGCAAUAAACCCACGCAAAGUACUCGAGCACUUGUAAAGCAAUGGAACCACUAACACUAAGCCCUGCAACAAGAAAAAAAAACAUUCCCCACGUCGCUCGAGACUCAAUAAAAUCUCUUCAUUCCUCCCCAGUGUUCUCCGAUCCAUCCAUCCAUCCAUCCUUUAUUCAUCAACGUCCAUCCUACAGAGCCUCGAUAAGAGGAAAAGCACGGCUUUGACGAAUACAAUACUAUCCAUCUAUUAACUAAAGAUAAGCAAAAAAGAAAGAUGCCCCGCCGGCGAGAAAGGUCUAUGAUCCGCUCGGGCAUAUCUACGUUCCUACACAGGAGCCGCUCCUCCUCACCCUCCCCAUCCACCUCCACUACCUCUCCCAAUCGAAAACCUAGGGGCGAAACUGCCCUGGAGCGGUUCACGAAAGCCAGGAACGUGCAUGACUUUCUAACUAAUCGAGCCCCGCGUGCUAUCUGCGAGAAGGAAACCGCGAUAUUGAAAAAAAAAGACGGAGGGAAAAGCGAUAGCCGUAGUAAUAAUAAUAGAGAGAGCUUCACGGUGCUUAGAGCUCAGGUUUACAAGAAGGGGGAGUGCAACGACUUUAAGUACUCACCCAUGCUAGCCGCCAGGGUUCCAAUGAUAAGGGUGGAUCCACCGGACGAUAUCCCGUUCGAGCUUAAGAUUGAGGAGUUGAGGAUCGAUAAUGGGGUAGUCACCCCGCCGGGGAGUCCUGUUGAAGGAGGUAGUAGUAGUGCUAGCAAGGGGCCGAAGUUGAGGAUGACAAUCCCCGGUAUCCCAUCGAUACAUACACCUCCCUCACCUCCCGAUUCUCCGAUCCUGCUGGCGAGCCCUACCCGUUCUCCGCCUCCACCACCACCAUCACAAAAAGCGCCGCAAGGACACUCCCCCUUCCUAACAUUGUCAGACGACAUCCUACUAAGAAUCUACACCCACUCCCCAGCCCUAUCCACUGCCACCACCCUCUCCGAAACCAACAAGCGUCUGCGCACACUAUACACCUCCACAGCUCUCCUCAUCCUCCAGAAAGUGCUCUCAAGAACCUCCCCGGCCGCCCACCGUUUCCUAAACAUCCUCCAGACAUCAUACACCCCAGCGACAUACGCGGAAUACUACUCCGUAGCAACCGACACCGUCCGCACAUUCUCAUCCCUAAUAUCCGCCCGCUGCGAGUAUUUAUGCCCGGAGAACACCCUUGCCACCGAAGAAGCGCUCUUCAACGUGUGGUCUUAUUGCACGCUCUUCGCCCCGACAUCAUCCCCGCACAAUGCACAGGAGGAGUGGCUGCAGAGGGGCGGCUUCUCGAAGGAGCAAGUUCUGGAUAUGUUGAAAGUCUGGAACUGCAUUUCUGUCCUUCUACAACCGUUCCUGAAGGAGGAGAGGUUGGCUAGGAUGUACGGUGUUGUGACCACGCCCAAGGAUGCGGAGGGCGUGGAAGUGAGGGUGCUCAAGGAGUUAGAGGGUUUUGUGGAAGGGUUGCUGGCUAGGGGGUUGGAUACCCUCCUGCCUGUUGUGCGAUGGGGUGAAGAGGAGCAUAAUCAGCGGUAUGCGAUUGUUGUGGCUAAGGGGUUGAAUAAAGUUAGGAGUGAUGGAGCGGAGAGAGGGAGGUUUUUGAAGGAGGUGGCUGGGGGGGUGUAUAUGCAGAUGUGUAUUUCUGAGGGGCAGGGCAAGAGCAGUGGGGGGGUGGGGGGAUGGGGACCUACUUUUGAGGAGUAGAGACUAGAUAGAUGAUCUGCUAACGGUGGCGGGAUUGUGGAGUAUGUGUGUGGGGGGGGGGGGGUUAUUUGUAUCUUCUCUAUCUUUUUUUUCCCUUUCUUCCUUACAAAUCUUGGGAUGGAGUAUCUAGUUUGUCACUGGGAAUUGGUGUUUUGGCGAAGUUUUUUUCCCUUUUUCUUUUUCUAUACCAAUUUUAGCAUACCUAUUUGGUAUGAACAAUCAUCUACUGUACUUGUACUGCGUUUGAACAGUAUCUAUCACCUGUCUGUCUGUCAAUCGGGUAUCAAUAGAGCUUACCUUUGAGCAAGCUACCGUGUUAUACCCGUCA